AUGGAGGGGACGAGCCUGAGAAAGAGGAGAGAGGAUGAGAAGUCCAUCCAGAGCAAUGAGCCCAAGACCACCACUCUCCAGAAGGAGGUGGGCCUGCUCAGCGGGAUCUGCAUCAUCGUGGGCACCAUCAUCGGCUCCGGCAUCUUCGUCUCCCCCAAGUCUGUGCUCAGCAACACAGAGGCCGUGGGACCUUGUCUCAUCAUCUGGGCCGCCUGUGGGGUUCUCGCCACACUGGGGGCCCUGUGCUUUGCAGAGCUGGGGACGAUGAUUACCAAGUCGGGGGGCGAGUACCCCUACCUGAUGGAGGCCUUCGGCCCCAUUCCUGCCUACCUCUUCUCCUGGACCAGCCUGUUCGUCAUCAAGCCGACGUCCUUCGCCAUCAUCUGCCUCAGUUUCUCUGAGUACGUGUCUGCGCCCUUCUACUCUGGCUGCAAACCCCCAGACCUGGUGGUCAAGUGCCUGGCAGCUGCGGCCAUCUUGCUCAUCACCGCCGUGAACGCGUUCAGCGUGCGGCUGGGCAGCUACGUCCAGAACGUGUUCACGGCGGCCAAGCUGGUGAUCGUGGCCAUCAUCAUCAUCAGCGGGCUUGUCCUCCUGGCCCAAGGAAACACGAAGAACUUUGAGAAUUCUUUUGAGGGUGCAAAUCUGAAUAUGGGCUCCAUUGGCCUGGCAUUUUACAACGGACUCUGGGCCUAUGACGGAUGGAACCAACUCAACUACAUCACAGAGGAACUUAAAAACCCCUUCAGAAACCUGCCGCUGGCCAUCAUCAUCGGGAUCCCGCUGGUGGCCGUGUGCUACGUCCUCAUGAACGUCUCCUACUUCACUGUGAUGACGGCCACGGAGCUCCUGCAGUCCCAGGCGGUGGCCGUGACGUUCGGUGAUCGAGUUCUCUACCCAGCCUCGUGGGUCGUCCCCCUCUUCGUGGCGUUCUCAACCAUCGGGGCUGCUAACGGGAGCUGCUUUACUGCCGGCAGACUCGUGUACGUGGCAGGCCGGGAGGGCCAUAUGCUGCAAGUCCUCUCCUACAUCAGCGUCCGGCGCCUGACUCCGGCUCCUGCCAUCAUCUUUUGUGGCAUCAUAGCAAUUAUCUACAUCAUCCCCGGUGACAUAAACUCAUUAGUGAACUACUUCAGUUUUGCUGCAUGGCUCUUUUAUGGAAUGACGGUUCUGGGCCUGAUUGUGAUGCGAUUUACAAGGAAAGACCUGGAGAGGCCUAUAAAGGUGCCCAUCGUGAUCCCGAUCCUGGUGACGCUGGUGUCGGUGUACCUGGUGCUGGCGCCCAUCAUCAGCGAGCCCGCGUGGGAAUACCUGUACUGUGUCAUCUUCAUCCUCAGCGGCCUGAUAUUCUACGUCCUUUUCGUCCACUAUAAGUUUGCAUGGGCUCAGAAAAUCUCCAAGCCCCUCACCAUGCACCUGCAGAUGCUGAUGGAAGUCGCACCUCCGGAGGAAGCCCCCGAGUGA